AUCUGAUUCUUGCAAGAUGGUUUUUCUUGGUCUACGCCACCCGAUUCUGAAACCCUUUUAUUCGCUUUAACGUCGAGGUUUUUCUUCUGAUGUUGGUUUUGCACUUGAAAGGGUUUCUGCUUGCUCGGUUUCGAUGAGCGUUGAUCAUGACGCAGAGUAGAUCUUUGUCCGUUUUGUUUUGGUGAAUUUGUUGAUCGUUUAAGGGUGGAUUUGUUCUUGGUCCACGCUGUUCUUUGUCUGUAUCUUGGAAGUGAGAGUAUGGCUCGGAUUGUUUUUUCUUGGAAAGGAGAAGCUUUUUAGAAGAUAGAUAUGUCUACCGAUGGUUAAUUCAGUGCCAGAUUUUUUUAUCCUACUUCAAUUUUGUUGAGGAUUUGCUAUUGAAUCGUAAUAACUGAAGUUUAAAAGAAGGGUUUUUUGACUUGUGAGCUUUUUAGCAGACUACUUUGGAAUCAUGCCUGUUUCAGGACAUGAAGAGAACGGGGUAAAGUCCUAUGCUGGGCAAUUUAGUGGUUUAAUUGCAGGUGUGCCUAUCAAGAAAAGGAGGUUCCCUUCGUUUCAGCCUUCUUCUCCUGCGUCUGAGGAACCGUGUUCACUUACUGAAGAAACUGAAUUACAACGUAAAGAAAAUUCAAGCACUUCUCAAGGAUCAACUUUAUCAAAUGCUAGUAUUGCAGGUGCACCGAUCAAGAAAAGAAGGUUCCCGUUUCUUCAGCCUUCUUCGUCCUCUUUGGAAGAGGCUUCACGUUCAGAAGAAAGUGAUGCCCUGCGAAAGGACCAUUCAAGCACAUCGCCGGGUUCAACUCUUUCUACCAGUUCAUCUGGUUUAUCUGAUGCUAAUGGAAUCCCCACUCUUGAAGAAAAGAAAACAAGUACUGAUGUUACCAAUGCUAACAUUGGGCAAAGCAACGCUUCCUUACUUAUACCCAAACUUGAGGAACCAAAUCUUGGAACGCAAUCAUGUACCUUGGGUGUCAUGGAUAGCAGAGAGAAGGUGAUACUUUGUGAAGGUAGCAAUAAAAAAGUGGAAUCCCAAUUGAUCAAGAACAAUCCUGAACUCUUAUUGGCUGCAAAAGAAGGUUUUGCUCUUAGCAUUGGAGCAGAUGUAAGCAAACAAAAUGCCCAGGAUAUUUGUAAACAAGAGAGUCCUUUAGUUUCAGAUAGUACUAGUUUAUCUUUAAGCUUAAAGGAGCACCUCUUUCCAGAUGUUGCUAGUAUGGAUAUUGUUGAGAGUCGCCAAAAAAAAGAGAAAGCGGAAUCUGUUUCAUUGGAAUUAUCUUUAAGCAAGGAAGAUUGCUGUACUCAGAGUUUAAAUACUGAUGCUAAAUCUGACAGUGACACAACCCAUGUCCAUUCUUCUAACAGGGCAAACUGGGAUCUGAAUACUACAAUGGAUGCAUGGGAAGAAUCUGGGACUGAAGCUGCCUCAGAUAAAAUAUGUAACGAUGGGCUGAAAAUUACUGAUAGUUCGCCUGAUGAAAAGCGGUUGAUGUGCUCUACAGGGAUGACACUGUCAACAGGUGUUGUGUCUGUAAAGCCAAUGUGUGAAGAGAGUCAGAACAAAUCCUUCAUUGUUCCAUCUGGAGUGUAUGGACCUCAGUGUAAAUUUGUUGACUCAAGUAAUCUAUCUCUUGCACCUUUUCUUCAGAAAUAUGCUGAGGAGCGCUCUAGAUUAUCUACUAAGUUGAAUUCUGGUAGUGGUAUUCCCAAUGUGAGCUUGUCAAGUGUGGCUUCAUCUGCCGGUGAUGCUGGUACAUCUAGUUUUAGGUUGGUAAAACCAGAACCAUUUGAUGAGAAUUCUAAAAAGGAUUUGAAGGAAGCUAAUGCCUCUCCUGUGGGUUCAUUAGAUAGUGUCACUGUUAAAAAAGAACUUGUUCAGCAUUCCGCUGUCAACUCUCCAAGGUUGUCAAAUGUUAGCAAACUAUUGAAAGUUGAUGGUACCUUCAUUAAAUCUGAACCAGAUCAUGAGGGUAAUAAGGAAAAACCCAAUGCUGCUGUGAGUAAAAAGGAUCAGUUGGAUAAAGAUUUGCUACAAGGAUCAGAUAAUUCUUCUUCUUUGUUGGCAAUGCCAGAUAUGCCGGAGUCGACACAAAUUUCUUCUGGGGAUGCUUGUCCUCCAGUUGAACCAAUGUGUACAGCAGAGUUAUCAACUAGUGAAAAUAUGAAAAGCCAACUAGAAAAUUGUAGUCGUACUGACGGAGUCAAUGUUGAGAAAGUUUGUGAUGGAGCUUGUUUAAAUGCUGAGCAGGUUACCACAGAAACAGUUGCCGUGCCUAUGGUUGGUGAUGAUUCAGAGUUGAAUAAUUCUUGCAAGAAAAUUUCUUCUGUGAAUACUGAGGAAGAAAAUGCUGCUGAUCGUGAUGCUUGCAGAUUGAAACUCAUGAAUGAGCCUCCAUCUGCUCCACGAGGCAAUGGUGAAGGCUCUGUAAGUGAUGAAGAAAAGAUAACCCUAUCUACUGAUAUGUUGGAGGAUGAUUCUUAUGGUUCUGAUUAUGAGUCGGAUGAGAAUCAUGCUGUAACUAUUGCUGUGGAUACUGAGCGAUAUGUUGAAGAUGAUGAUUAUGAAGAUGGUGAGGUUCGAGAACCACUGGAUCCUUCCACAGCUGAGGACACCAUAUGUGAAGUAAGAGAAAUAGAGCAUCCUGACUGUAGUAGUAACUUUGUAAAUAAACAGAUGGAGAAAGGGAUGGUGAGCGGUGAUUGUCCCACUUCAUAUCUGGUAGUGGAAAAUGACAACAAGGCUGGAAUCCAAGGUGAAAUAAAUAAUGAAGAUGGUAUGGACAUUGAAAUGCUUGAGAGGUCAGGUAAGGUCAUUGAUAAAAAUGUGUGUAUGCAAGAGUCGUUGGAUGAUGAGAAGUCUAACAUUGCUGCUCAUGGGAAGCAACCAGUUAAUGCUUUGCAAAAGAAAUCAUUAGAUCUUACAGAAGGAAAAAGUAUCUCUGAGGCUAUGGAGAUAGAAUCACAUUCCAAUCCAGUCACUGUUGGAAGCCAUGGAGUAGAUGUCCAGUGUGCUGAUGAAGUUGUCAAAACAACUGACACAGUUAUACAAACUGAGCUAGAUUUGCCAAAGGUGGAAGUGUUUGCAAAUGCUGAUGAUACAGCCAAAGAUGUUACUAAUGGUGGUAAUCAAGGGAGAAUUAUAGAUUUGUCUCGAGCUGCUAGUUCUUCAUCCCCUGGUAAAACUAGGCCCAUUUCUGGCAGGUCACUGUCAUCUCGAGCUGGAAGAGAUGUAUUGCCUGACACACUUGAUGGGGACAAAUUACACAGAGGAAGAGAUGAAGUUUACAUUGAUGGCCCUCACAAAUUUUCAAGAGAAAGACAUCAAGAUAUGUCCCCUAGAAACUCUAGAUUGAAUUUUGUGCGAGGUAGAGGAAGAGUAAAUAGUCGAUUAGAUUCUGUUAGAAAUGAAUGGGAAUCUGACCGUGAAUUUUCUGGUGAGUUCUAUAAUGGUCCAAGUCAGUUUCGUGGGCCCAGGCCUAAAUACACAUCUAAUUUUGCCGAUUCUGAUAUGGAGUACAACAAUGCUGCACCUGAUAGCUCAUAUGUUGGUAAUGGUCGGUUAGGAAGAAAGCCCAUGAAUGAUGGCUCCUAUAUUGCACCAAGGAGGCGGUCACCAGGAGGAAGAGAUGGCAUCCAAAUUGGUCAUAGAAAUCCAAGAAACAUUAGUCCAAAUAGAUGUAUUGGAGAUGGUUCAGACAUAGUUGGUGUGAGACAUAAUGAUAAAUUUAUGAGAGGUUUGCCCGAGGAUACCAUGGAUCCUCCUAUGUUCACACGGCCCCAAUCAUUUGAGGGGUUGGAUGGUCGGUUUACAAGAGGGAGUAGGAAUUUUUCUUCCAUGCAGAGAAGGGGUCCUCCUCGAAUUCGUUCCAAGUCACCCAUCAGAUCUAGGAGUCGCUCACCUGGUCCAUGGUCAUCUCCAAGAAGAAGGUCUCCAAGAAGAAGGUCCCCUGAUGGUUUUGGUGGACAUCCAGAAUUAACCCACAGAAGAUCACCAUUUUACAGGGUUGAUAGAAUGAGGUCCCCUGAUCGCCCUGUUUUCCCCGCUGAGAGAGUGGUGAGGAGGCAUGGCUCCCCGUCAUUUAUGUCACGACCUUCUAAUGAUAUGAGGGACAUGGACUCUGCAAGGGACCAUGGCCAUCCGAGAUCUGGUCGAAUUUUAAUCAGAAACAGGAGGUUUGAUGUUGUAGAUCCCCGGGACCGUGCUGACAAUGAUGAUGACUACUUUGGGGGGCCUAUGCAUUCUGGUAGGUUACUUGAGCUUAGUGGUGAAGGAAAUGGUGAGGACAGGAGAAGGUUUGGUGAGAGACGAGGGCCUGUGCGUUCUUUCAGGCCUCCCUAUAAUGGUAAUGUUGGUGAGAAUUUUCACCUUAAUGCUGAAGAGGGACCUAGACAUUAUAGAUUCUGUUCAGAUGAUUCAGAUUUUCAUGAAAGGGGAGGUAACAACAUAAGGGAAAGGGACUUUGACAGGCGAAUCAAGGGACGACCAGCAAAUGUGCCACCUAGAAGAACAAGAAAUAUAGAUGAGCAGGAAGAGAAUUUCAGGCAUGGUGGUGGUGGGCAGGUUUGGAGUGAUGACAGUUUUGAUGACAUUUCACGGGUGAAGAGGAAAAGAUUUUGAUUUCCUCCAAAUCUAUCUAUAUAUAAGCCUCCUGCGGGAUGUUGGAGGAUUCUGGUAUUUAUAUUUGCAGGUUUUUCAACUACAGAAUUAGAUUAGAUUAUAAUAAUAUUAAUGCUCCUUUUCCUUACUCUACCUAGAUUUAGUUUUUAAGCCCAUUUAAUCGAAAUGAAGCAAUGAUUGUAAAAGCAUGCAUCAAGUGUGGCCAGAUUUUAGUGGAAGAAGUAAUUGUGAAAUGAAGUUGCUCAACAAAUAAAAUUAGGUUUGGGGACUUCACUUCAGUGUGGCACGGAAGAUAUAACUUAUGGAGGCUAAUGUGCAUGUUUGGGGAAAUAAAAAAGUCACUGUCGGUUUUAAUAAUUUACUGGAAUGAAUGACGUUUUUGGGUUUUC